UUAGCAUGGAGAGGAACAGUCGAAAAGAGACUCUCUCCUGAACUGAACGCAUGGAUAAGCACUGCUGCAUGACAAAGCUAAGAGGGAGUGCGAACGUAGCGGGAAAAUAGAAACGCAGAGCCGACAGACUGGGGGAAAAGACGAAAGAAAAUCAAACCUUAUUAAAGGAAAGCAAAAAGUUAAUGUGCACUUGGGACUACAGCAACUAACACAUUUGAUUAAUAUUGCCUUGUUACUUUUUUUUAUAAAGGACUGGAAUAUUUUACUUUUUUCCUACAACACAUUUCUUGGCAUCUUUUAAUACAAUACAGGAUCCAGUUUAUAAAUUAAAAAAGUCGAUUGAGCAUCAGUCGUGCAAGCUUGUUGGUGCUGAAGUUAGAACGCGAACGGAUGUGAGGAAAGGGUGCACUGAAAGACUCAACCCCUUUUCUCUUUCUCUCCGUCUGUUUCUUUUUUGUUCGGUUAAACAAUAGAGAGUGAGAGAGAGAGUCACAGACAUUGAACCUGCUUUCAUGCCGUCAGUCUUGCGGACUCUGAGAUGGACGUGAGAUUUUAUCCAGCACCCCCUUCUAGCGUGGGUUCAUGUUCAUUACCAACUGAUCCAAGUUGCCUGAGCUCUUUGGACUAUUAUCACUGCAACAAGACCAGAUACGGCGCAGGUGAGCGCGGUGUUAGGCUUCUUCACAGCGCGCUGCCAAUGUGCCCCAACCCUGACGGGAAAAGACUGCCCGCUGCCGGGUUUGAUGGUGACAACAUGUACAUGAAUGAAAAUAACCAGGAAUUUCUCUCUCCAAAUCAGAACUACUCCAGUCAGGGUGGUGGUGGAGGUGAUGAGGACUACGAGAUCCCCCCCAUCACUCCUCCAAAUCUCCCUGACCCCUCCCUGCUCCACCUCAUGGACCCAGAGUCUGGCUACCACUCCCUAUGCCACUCACUGCCACCCAAUGGCCUGCUGAAUCCCUACUCCUACCCAGAACUGCCAGCCAUCAUGAUGUCCAACAUGCUUGGGCAAGAUGGACAUCUGCUCUCCAGCCAAAUGCCUUCUAUCCAGGAGAUGACUCACCCUGACGGCUCACAUUAUGACGGCGCCCAUCAGGGCCCACUGAUAAACAGAACACCUAGGAUACUGUCACAUCACAUGAGCGCUCUGUCCCAGCUGAACUCUCAGGUUGGCCUGCGAAGUGCCGUAACCCAUGGUUCCCCCUCACCUCCAGGAAGUAAAUCAGCCACACCCUCCCCCUCCAGCUCUGCCCAGGAAGAGGAUACUGAUUCCCAUUCCAAGAUUACUGGAGAGAAAAGGCCAUCAUCAGAGAUGAUCAAGAAGCCCAAACCACAGAAGAAAAAGAAGAAGAAGGAUCCCAAUGAGCCACAGAAGCCAGUCUCGGCUUAUGCACUCUUCUUCAGGGACACACAGGCCGCCAUCAAGGGCCAGAACCCCAACGCCACCUUUGGAGACGUCUCCAAGAUCGUGGCCUCCAUGUGGGACAGCCUGGGGGAGGAGCAGAAACAGGCCUACAAGAGGAAAACAGAAGCUGCAAAGAAGGAGUACCUGAAGGCUCUGGCAGCGUACAGAGCCAGUCUGGUUUCCAAGAGCUACAGCGACCAGGUGGAAACGAAAAGUGCCCAAACAAGCCAGGCUUCGCACAUGAUGCCACCGAAACAGCCCAUGUACAGCGUGCCACACCAGCCCUCCUCCACGUACCUGGGCCCGGGAUCCUUCCCCCUCUCAGACCUGCAGAGCUAUGGUGGCCCAUCACACCACAGCCUGCCCAGGACUCUGAGCCAGUCCCAGAUGUUGCCCAGCAUUAGUGCCUCACCCCCAUCCACUUUCCAGAUCAGCCCACCACUGCACCAACAGCUCUCCCUGCACCAGACCUCCCUCCUCAACCAGCCAAUCCGCAUGCAGCAGGUCCAGUCACAGCCAAUCAUCUCCCACCAGAUGGGGCUACAGGCUCCUCUUCACUCACCUCCUCCAGGCCAGCAGGGCUUCUCUCACAUCCAGUCAGAGUAUCAGAACAGUGUUGGCUCUCAGUCUCCAGGAUCCUCUAAUCCAGUGGGAGGACAGAAUCCAGAAUGGGACAAUGAAUACUGCAAUAGGGAGUGUGGAGUCAACCACUGCAGCAGCAGCAUGAUACCAAGGGAUAAGCCACUCUACCUCACUUGAAGCUGAAGCAAGUCUACAAGACAGGACACCAGGGAGCCCCCCCCAACACCACCCCAACCCACAUUAUAACUUCUAUUUUUGUUGUGUUUUUUAGAAGGAUUUCAAGCAAGUCCGACUGACUACUAGUGAGCCUAUUUUGCCAAGCACUUAGAAGUACGGGCCUCAACUAGAGCCUGAGUCAUAGCACUCCUCUUAACCUAAAAAAUAAAAUUAAAAAACUAUGGGCCUACUUUUUUGGGGCAUCGUUCAGCUUUAAUCUAUGAAGACAAUAAAGUUCUUCUUUUUUUGA